UCGUCAUCGUUGAAAUGUUCAAAGAAGUGGUCUGCGCCAUUGAAGUCAAGCAACUCAAACAACUGUUUCAUGCGUAAAAUCAGAAGCUUCCCACCAUUUAAACCGUGAAGAAGGCGGCGAGAGUUAGCUUAGCUAAUUUGAAUUCUUGUUCCUUUGUCUCAUACGCCGCCGUGCUGGGAGUCUUCUGCUGACUCUUCUUUUUUCCAUCCGUUUGACUCCUCUUUUCUUUUACCUUUACACUGUCACACUCAAACUUAGACUCCAUUCUCGUCUUUUCCAAAAAUUUCUCAACUUUUAAACUCCCCUUCGCCUCCUACUUAGACCCAAGUUUCAAUCUUUUUUGUUUCGGAUUCUUAUUAAAGUUUCCAAGAGGCAAUUAAAAGAGUUGUGUAGAAAUGGGAAGUGGAAAAUUAGGUGAAUCAGGUAUGAUUGAGCUCACCGCCAAAAUCAUGAUGGUUGUAAUCAUAUUCCUUUUCCUCGUAGUUGUUUUCAUAUUCUUUCUCCACUUAUACACCAAAUGGUUCUGGAGAUACCGGCAAGAAGACACCGGAAAUCCAAACGGCGGCACAAGACGGCGCCGCCGUCGACGUUUCAAUUUCGCUGGCGGUUAUCAAGAAGUGAAUGUACUCCGUAGAGGGCUUGACCCUUCUGUACUUAAAACCAUUCCUGUAGUUCCAUUUAAUAUGAAGGAUUUUAAAGAUGGAUUGGAAUGUUCUGUUUGUCUUAGCGAAGUCUCUGAGGGUGAAAAUACAAGAGUUUUGCCAAAAUGCAAUCAUGGGUUUCAUGUUGAUUGUAUUGAUAUGUGGUUUCAUUCUCAUUCCACGUGUCCUCUUUGCCGAAACCCUGUUUCAGAACAGUCUGCAGAAUCAAUUUCCGAGACCAUUGGGUCAUCAGUAGAAGAGGGUUCAGCUUCUACAGAGACACAAAAUAUUCCAACUAAUGUUCUGUUUUGGGGAGAUGAGACUAGUACUACAUCUUCAGCAUCCACGAGCAAUAGGCCAGAGGGGAUUUUAGUGAUUGAUAUUGCAAGACAGAAUACUGAACAAGAAGAAGAGGAAGGACAAAAGACACCAACAUCAACACGAUUGAGAUCAUUAACGAGGCUUUUUAGCAGGGUAAAUCCAUGCAACGUAGAUGUAGAACAAGGAAGCAGGAGCCAGAGCUAGGAUUGCCGCACCUACGUCUGUAAUGUCACUGUAUGGUUGAUUGAUCUAUUCCACUGGUAAUUUCUGCUCGAAUUUGAAGAUAUGAUCAAUGAAGAUUCAUAUAGCGUAGAACUAUCAUUUACUAGGUUUUGGUUUAUUGAUUGAUUGAUUCUUAGUGCAGAUGAAAAGGUUGUCUAUAAUUUUUAGAUGUCUAUGUAUAUGUGUAUAUAUUGUAUAUGUAUAAUACACAAUGCAAGCACCAAUGUGCUUCUCUGUUUGUGACUUGAAGUGAAUCUAUCUUCUCGUAUUAAUGAAAAAAGAGCACUACGGGGAUUGAUUUGUAAGUUAAUACAUGUUUUGUUUUGUUUUG